AUGACUAUGGAAAUUGAACUGUGCCCUUCCUUGCUGAGCGCCAGUACGCCUGCGCAGAUAGCCCUCAGCUCGCCGAGUCAGACGAUUGGCUCGGUGGUGCACGUGCUGUGUGAGAACCAGACAAUUGCCGUGCUACGCUGCAUGGCCAAUCGCCAGUGGAACGGAACCCUCGUCGAGAAGUGCACGUCGGAGUUGACGGAGGAGAGCGGCGGCGAGUUCCGCGUGGAGACGGUGAUAAUCAUCGUGUGGGUGCUGGGGGGCGUGCUCCUCUUCGCCCUCCUCGUGCUGCUCACAGUCAUUGUCACGUCACACCAGAAACACAGACACCGCUCCAGAAGAAGAUCGAUAUUCUCGACGCCCAGUCAGUCAAACCGGAACUCGCGAUACGGGGACAACCCGGGAUUCACCACGGACUCUGAGGCCGGGUUUGGCGGGGCGACUUUACACAGAAACUCGUCCCACAGGUCCUCGCUCCGGCCACCAUCUUACCACGAAGCCAUUUCCGGUAGACUGAUAUGCAUGCCGGGAAUCGCAACUCGCGUUUCCGGUCAGUCACCAGUUACUUCAUCGGCAGCUAGAGACAGCUGUCAGUCACCGCGAGCUACGCCUACCAAUUCACGAAGGGAAUCCCAGAAUGCACCAGGUGUUCGGACAAACGGUUCAGACAUUAGAACCAGCGGCGCGCCUGUCGGUGCGUGCGGCGGUGCGCCCGGAAAUGUGAGGAGAUACGCGUACGAAUACCCAUCAUGCUUUUGGGAGGAAGAGCCCCCACCUCCAUAUUCCACCAUAACCCAGUACACCCCUGUGACGUCAGUGUCGGCCCCAGUGGAGAGACCUCCACCUCCAGCAAGACCCCAAAGAUCGUCAGCACCAUUAGCGAGACUGGAGUACAUAUAA